AUGGCGGCAGCAGGAUUUGAUCGAUCACUGGCUGCUUCUGCAGCCCCGGAUGCUGGCAUCGAGAGGAGGAAAAACAUCAAGAUCCCGUUCCUCGGGGAACAGAUGGCCGGCUGGCUGUACCCGUCUAGCAAAUAUGAUUCUUCCAACAAGGGCCCUGCGAUAGUACUUGGACACGGUCUGGGCGGAACUAAGGAGCUUCGACUUGAUGUCUUCGCCGACGAAUUCAAUCAGCUCGGCUACACCUGUAUUGCAUUUGACUACCGCUGCAAUGGCGAGUCCACCGGUCUGCCUCGAGCUCUUGUUGACUUUGAGGAGCAGCAAAAAGACUGGCAUGCAGUGCUGGCUUACACGCGUGAGCUCGAAAUGGUAGACCCCGAGCGCAUCGGCAUCUUCGGCACCUCCUUCGGCGGAGGGCAUGUCAUCCAGGUCGGAGCGACCGACAAGCGACUCAAGGCCGUCAUUGCACAAUGCCCUUUCACCGAUGGAUUCAGCAGUGCAUUCACAGUCGGGCUAACAACUGCACCGGGCCUUUUCAUUACCGGCAUGCGGGACACGUUGUUCGGGACAAAGGAAAAACCGAUCACAGUGCCAUUGGUUGGCAAACCCGGCGAGGCUGCGCUGAUGAAUGCUGCCGACGUCUGGACGGGAUUCAGCCCAUUAGUGCCAGCCAACUUCGAACCCCAACACCAUGUCCCUGCACGUCUCGUGCCCAAGAUGCCCCUGUUGAGGCCUGGUGCGUAUGCCAGCAAAGUCCAAUGCCCUAUCUUCUUUGCCGUCUGCGGCCAGGACACCGUCGCGCCACCAAAGCCCACGCUCAAAUAUGCAGCGCGCGCGCCGAAAGGUGUCGUCAAGCUUUAUGAGGAUAUGGGUCAUUUCGACAUUUACGUUGGCGAGAAGCACGAACGUGCUUUCAAGGACUAUGCCGAGUUUUUGCGGACGAACUUGCCUGCUUAAUAAGCAGUGUUGCACAGCUCGUGCUGAGUCAACCCGGGAUGAUAUUUUGAUGUUGAGAUUUUGUUCAUAGAGGAUGGCAGCGACUAGAAUUAUUCAUCGUGUAGGGGAUUUUAUCCGUUCGCAUCCAUCAUGAAGUCCAGGCUGUUUGAGAAAUUCCAAUGCUGCCUGCUUCACAAAGUCGCGUCACGUAUGCCGCCAAGACUUCGCGUUGUAUACCUAGGUACUUUUGAAGUGGCGCUCGAUCGUAGCCUAGCCUGCUUCACGGCCAAAGCAGAUGGUACAACUUCCUGGCAGCUCCU